ACGUUUUCCUACGCACCAGAGAAUCCUUGGCCCGCGGUCUCUAAGGUCUGUUUAUAAACAAAGUCAAGCUUAAGGACGACAUUACCAGGGAGUUUCGAAUUUACCUGUUAAGAUACUAUAUUCUGAACAAGAGAAAGGGAGAAUGCCUAAAGUGGUGUCAGGUAGUGUGGUGGUCUCAGAUGCAAAGGAUCAACAGGAGUACAGUGAGGAUAAGCCCCUCAUAGUUUACUACUGCCUAUGUGGCCAAAUGGCAGUCAUCAUUGAUUGUACAAUGGAGAAGCUGCCACUGCGGAAACGUGAUGGAUCUAGGGUCAUUGAUGGCUCACGACAUGCUCAUCGUCUUGUUUGUGAUCCUGAUGAAACGGUAUUCAUUCGCAGAGCAGAAGGCAUUGAAAAACAAUUUAGAAAAAAAUGCAAAAAGUGUGGUCUUGUCCUCUUUUAUCAUCACAAUCCAGGAAGCAGUGUGAUUUUUGUAAUGAAGGGAAGUGUGGUACAGAGUGGUGGUAAAUCAGUGGCACAGCAAGUAACAGAUAAACCCAAAGACAAGGUGAUGAUAACACGGCAUACAAAGAACAUGGGGAAAUUUUCUUCUGUCACUGUUUCUACAAUUGAUGAGGAAGAAGAUGAAAUUGAAGCUAGAGAGGUUGCAGAUUCUUAUGCAAACAAUGCCAGAAUCAUAGAGAAACAGCUAGAGCGCAAAGGAAUGAACAAAAGAAAAAGUCUGGUACAAGAGGAAGGAACCUCAGUGCCAAAGCAGGCAAGAGGCACCCUCAUCAACCGAUAAACAAAUACUUGAGCUGGAGUAUUUGCUAUUUGUUUUAAGCAUACUAGCUCAGUAAUGUAUCCAUAAACACACUUUUUAUGUUUAUUUUUCUAUUUUAUACAACUAUACAUGCAAAUACAUAAUUAUACAAAUUGUACAUAAUUACACAUUACCUAAUUUCUUUAUUUACGAUGUACUCUGUAUAUGUGUGGGUAUAUCAUAAGAGAGAGAAGGGAGGAAAAGAAGAGAAGGAGAAGGAGAAGAACAUACACACAUAUACACAUAUACAUAUACAUAUACAUAUAUAUACUAACACAUAUCUACUGUGUACAUUGGUAUUUUAGAAAUAAUCCUUUGAGCUGGUACUGAUAUUCAGUCUAGAAAUUAAAAUUUUUAUACAUUUUGUGCUCCCUAUUUUUCAGAUUAUGUGAGUAAAAGAUGUUUUUUAAGAAAGAUUAAUUGCAAGCAGAUUUCAUGUAGCAAUGGGCAUAAUCAUAUUUGACUGAUGGGUCAUAAUUACUAAUAAAAUUUGCUGUUUUUGAAUAUUUGUAAAUGUUCUAUUCAAUGAUAGAAAAGCAAAAAAAUUAUUUUUAGGACAGUGCAGAGCAGGAAAAAACAUACUAUAUGUCUAUUUCACAGAUUAUUCAUCUUGUUUGUUUGAUUUUGAUAGAUUUGUUAAUUGUAUUUAUUUCUUGAAUACACAUUCAUCAAUAUCAAAAUUUCCUCAUAUGUAAAAUGGAGUUUGUAAUGAGAAUAAAACAAUAAUAAAAAAAAAAA